CAUUACCAGGGUGGUCUCGCACUGAAUUUGGCUGGGGCGCGAUUUUCACUGGACUAUUGACAGACCUGACGUCUAUUGUUAGGACGCACUAAAAUGUCAAUGCCUAUGCAGCGUCCCAUGGCUGGCGGGGCCCGGGCCGGCCAGGUUCAGCGGUCAUCGGCCGCCCUGCGCUCGGUCGCGAGCCAAGUGCCGUUCACGGCCCACCGCGCCAACUUCAGCAGCAAGCGUGUUCUGCGCCAGGACGCACGCGUCGAGGCUCCCUCGCGCGUGGUCGUCGUGCGGGCUGAGGCCGACCUGACUGGCCUGACGCCCGGCCACCCCUACCCCUGGGAGGAGGACUUCGACCUGUUGGGCGACAAGGUGAAGGAGGUGACGGACCAGCUGCUGCCCGACCUGCGCGGCUGCAACAUCUGGCUGGUGGGCAUGAUGGGCAGCGGCAAGAGCACCGUGGGCAAGAUGCUGGCCAACACACUCAAAUACGCCUUCUUUGACACCGACUCGGUGAUCGAGUUGGCGCACGACAAGAAGCCCGUCAGCCAGAUAUUCGCGGAGGAGGGGCAGGACUACUUCCGGCAGUGCGAGUCGCAGAUCAUCAAGGAGCUGUCGCCCUACCGCAACCUGGUCAUCUCCACGGGCGGCGGCGCCGUGCUCAAGCCCCAGAACUGGGGCUACAUGCACCUGGGCAUUGUGGCCUGGCUCAACGGAGACACGGAGCUGCUGGCACGCCGUGUGGCCAAGGACGGCAUUGAGAAGCGGCCGCUGCUGGCAGCUGACGCGCCGGAGGGGGCGGACAUGCAGCAGGUCGCCAAGACCAAGCUGGACGCGCUGCUGGAGGACCGCCGCAAGUACUACGAGAACGCGGACGUGGUGGUGACGCUGGAGGGCUACGGCAAGGACCUGGAGGACGGCGCGCCAACCGCCGCCGUCAUGUACCGCCUGCUUACAGCCAUCAACGACAAGGUGCAGGCCAAGAAGCGCGAGCAGGCGGAGCGCAUGAACUUCACCAUCGAGGGUGCGGACCAGCUCAAGACGAUGCGCACCAUGGAUAGCCCCGCGGGCGGGCUGCAGCUAGACGGCAACCAGGCGCCGUGAGGAGUGAGCGGUGACGGAGUUGGAGUUGGGGUUGAGAGAGGAGAGUGGGAAGGGGAAGGUAGAGGGGAGAGGGGCAGCGCGGUGCUGUGGGGCGUGUGGGGCGGAGAAGUUAUGUGUGCGAGGCGCAGUCGCGCAGACACGGGGUGGACAUGCAUGAGGCGGCGCCGGGAGACGUACCAGAAGCAAGGCGGCCGGUGGGCAGAGCAGUGUGUAGCGUGCGGGGCGGUGGAAUUGUCGUGUGGGGAGUCACGUGAGCCGGAGGUAGAGCCGCUGCGACUGGGCGGCCCAGCAAGUCAGCUCCAGAUUUUGACGGGCAGCGGUUCGCUCUGGUGAUUGCGGUGGUUUAAAUGGGGCUGCUGCACGCCAUCCGGAGGAAGAUUGUGAUGCUGCGGAAAAGGGGAAGACCGAGUGUGUAACUGUACAGGAAU